GUCACUGUAUGUGUGUGCGACACUACCGGCCUUCACAUCAUUGAUGUCUGCUUCUGUCAAUGCAAUACUCUCAACAUCGGAAUGACAUACUGCUGGCAGCAGUUGCUGUGUGUUGGUUGGUUUCCCGCUAGCACAGAUCAACCACAGACAAUGUUCACGACGUGCAUCCUCAAGCUUUUCCACCAGCUCAUGUUGCAAGGCAAGAUGAAUCUUUAUGACUUCUCCCAAACUCUAUGA